CUAAUCCAUCCAACACAAACUAAGCUGGCUUACAGCCUUACACCCCAACUCUCUUCACGGCGCAGUUCAGCAACACCUGGUUUGCACUUUCUACCUCUCAAACUCUUCACCUAGCUCACAAUUGGUUCAUCACCCAAAUACCUUCCCUCCAUAAAUGGCUUCCUCCAUCAACUUCCAAAUGCCACAUCUCCACCAUGUACACCACAAAUACUACUACAACAUCAAGCAGUACGGGAAGUACUACUACAACAUCAAGCAGUACUGGAAGUACUACUACUUCCACUGGGCGUCACCCAACGUACCGCGGUAUACGGCGCAGGAGCAGUGGAAAAUGGGUCUCAGAAAUCCGAGAGCCCAAAAAACCUAAUAGGAUUUGGCUAGGCACAUUUUCCACACCUGAAAUGGCUGCGGUUGCUUAUGACGUGGCUGCUAUCGCUCUCAAGGGUCAAGGUGCUGAGCUCAACUUCCCCAACUCCGCUUCUUCAUUGCCCGUGCCAGCCUCCACUUCGCCACGUGACAUCCAGGCGGCAGCAUCCUCCGCUGCUGCUGCCAUGGGAGUUGCAAUUGAUCACGGUUCUUAUUCAAGGAGUGAGGUGCAGGGUGAUCAGCAAGAUGCUUAUCAGGCUCAUAAGACAGUUGAUGAGGCUGAUAGAUUAAUGCUGAAUCAGGAGUUUGUUGAUGAGGAACUGAUCUUCAAUAUGCCUAACGUUCUAGUGAACAUGGCUGAGGGAAUGCUUCUUAGCCCUCCUCGCUUGGACAUAGCUGGCGAUGAUGCUAUAGUUGCUGAUCAAGAACAAGGAGACCAUAACCUUUGGAAAUUUAAUUAAAAUCCCAGCUUAAUUUUAUCAACAGUAUCAAAACGAGAAAAAAAGAAAUGAAAAAAUAUAACCGAAAAUUAAAAGAAAAAACAGAAUAAAAGGACCUAACCCUUGAUGUAUCUGCAGGGGGUCUCCAUGAAAACCUAUGAAAUUGUUAAAUGCUUGUUUCCUUUAUUUUGUUUGUGAGAGUUAUGUGAUUGUGC